ACUUUUCUGAAAAUAAAGUAGGAUUUUUAUUACAGAGAAUAAUUCAAUUCUAACGUGAUUCCUUUUCUCUGUCUAUAGGGUUUGUUUGGAGAAAUGGUAUAUUACUCUAAAUACAAAUACCUGCAUGUGUUCCGUCUUUUUAAUGCAUACCUUGAUGUGUUCUGUACAUUUAUUAUGUGGAGAUUGGUGGAUUGACUGAGGGCACAGACUAAAUGGACUAUUCACCUGAAUAUCAGGGUCUAAAAGGAUUUGCUGGAAAAUCAGGUCCUAUUGGAGUGAGAGGCCUGCCUGGUCUCCCUGGACCUCCUGGAACCUCUCUGAACCUUACCUUACUCUGGCACAGAUCAAGGCAAGUUGUUGGUAAUCUGUCAAAGCAAAUCCCCCCCGACCAGGACGCCAACUACCUCCUGGUCCAGACUCUCCUGGACCCUUUGCACCAGGACCUGUGCUUGUUCAUAGAUCCACCAGAUGGCACUAUGGCUGUCCCAGCCGAACUUCACGAACGGGAUGUGUUACAUUGAUCCUAACCAGGGCAGCCCAGCUGAUGCCAUUCUGGUCUACCGUGACUUCACUGCAGCACCAAAGAGCUGUCUGUCUCCCCUCCAGCCUCAGGUACUUCCACAGGUACUUCCACAUACACCUCUGGCUCUGGGACCCUCUGAACUAUAGAUCUUUUUUUCAUGUGGUAAUAACAUAUGCUAUGUGUGUUUGAAAUUCGUUCAAACCUCAGGUGCCAAUGAAGGCUUGGCUGAAGGAUUCUAGGACAAAUAUCUCAUUUCAUUGGUUGAGUUCAAUGGAAAGAGGCUUUCAAGUGAGGCUCAAAUCCAACCUUGAUUCUGUCUUGCUCUCGUGUCCUUAGUUUGAUUUGAUUCUUUGAAACCACACCUUCCAUUCCCUCUCCCAGUUUGAGUAUUCAGGACCGGAUGUAGUGCAGAUGAGGUUCCUUAGGUUAAACAGCAGGCUCACCAGUCAGAACAUGACCUACUCCUGCCAGCCUGGGACAGACAGUGAUCAGGGGAAAGAGAGUUGAAGUUCCUGGCAGACACACGAAGACAAAGUUACCUGGGGACAUUACGAGAGUGUGUGUCCUCUGAGGAGCUGGAUUCCGGAGACCGUCGUGAGUCAGGGUUCCAGUUUGAGAGCGAGGACCUCGAUUUGCUUCCACUGAGAGAUCUGGCAGUGUUAGGAAGCAGUGACCUAACACAGGAGUUUGGAUUCACUGUCGGGUCUGUGUGCUUCAGCGAAAGGAAAGAGAGACACUCUCUCUAAGGACUGAUAAGAGCAGAGACAACAAUGAGACAAUCACCAGACAACCUCCAGCUUGUGGGGAAAUGACUCAGAGAUACUGGAAAGAGACAGAGAAAGGCAUCAGCAUUUCUCCACUUCUCAUGACAGAAUUGUUUAUUGACAAAGUAGAAGUACCAACCAACAGGACAAAGUGUCUGUUUUCUCUCUCCAAAGGUUAACCAGUUAACAAACAUGAACUGGUUGGUCUGUGGCCAGGGAUAUUCUUGAGAGAAGGUAUCUUUGUAUUUUGUGUACACUGAUUUUACACUGAAUGUUUAUGGUGCUAUAAUUCUGUUUUUUUACAAACAUUCCCAUACUUAAUUCAGGUAUGUUCUUGACCAAGAACACUGUGGUUUACACAACCUUCACUGCCGCAACUUAACAAUGUGUCCCAAAUCUGUGCUCACUCUACCCUUACAUCCCAAGUUAGAAACUAAGGAACAUAUCAAUAUUGAUCUCUUGGUCAAAAAGUAGGAAGACUAAUACAAUGAGGACUAUUAGGAGCUAUGACAAUUAAUUCAUUGUAUUUGGUGAUAACAUUUUAUGCAUUAUUGCAGCACCUGAUAGAUACAGUAGCCUAACUACCAUUGGUGAAAUUGUAAUGUUCUGAUGUCUGUUGAUACAGAGGAACAAUGCGGUACUAUAAAACAUGUUGUCAAAGUUGAUGUAUAUAGGUCAUUCAAUAAGACCAACGUUGACGUUUUCUGUAGAUCCGUUGUGUCUCCUGUGUUUUUACCUCACUGCACCUUAUUGUGAUGUCCCUGCUAGAAGUUUAUCUUUGUCCCUCCUCAAUUUACCACAUGAUUUUACACCCUGACCUGGCUUUAUUCUACCAUGAACCCCAACCUGAGAAGCUUUGACAAGAGAAAAAUGACUCCCCAGUUCUGUGAAAAACAGUUCUGAUUCGAAUGGAAAAACUACAGGAGGGACUUUAUGUGGUGACUGCUCUUGAUAAUGUGCUUACAAUUGAUACCGGAUUGCAUGCAGCAGGCUUUGAACAUGGUAUGGAACUUCAAUGACAGAGACAAAGGUAUCUUUAAAGUUUUGCUCAGUUUCAUCUUUGCUGAAAGGUGUGUGUUUGUAAAUUGUGUGAUUUACUUAAUUUAUUUGCUGGCCAGUUUUCUUCAAAUGUUUUAAGUAUCCAGUCAAUGAUCUCUCUCUCUCUCUCUCUCUCUCUCUCUCUCUCUCUCUCUCUCUCUCUCUCUCUCUCUCUCUCUCUCUCUCUCUCUCUCUCUCUCUCUCUAAUAUAUAUAUAUAUAUAUAUAUAUAUAUAUAUAAAAUCCAUAUGUUCUCAUGUUUUGUAAUAUGCACACGAGAUACCAGUAAUUGUUUGGGGUUCAACUGAAAUAUAUGAAUAAAUUAUUGUACUAAUUUAUUCAUAAUUCAUUGGUAUUGCCCCUCCUCAAAAAUCACCCAAACAAGUGUAAAAUAUAAGCCAUUUUAAUUAAAACUUAAAGCACUUAAAAAGCGAUGUGAUUUGACUACAUUAGAUUAAUGAACAUUAACUACCGAUGAAGAAGCUAUGAUGUUUCAUGAAAAUAAUCGGGCGAAGUGUUGACAUGAGAGAAAGGAGAUAACUACAGUGUAUAGCCCUCAGACAUUGUUGCCCCUGCUCUGAUCGCUCAGAUGACUUUUUUUCCUGACACUGAGCAUAGACAUUUCUGCUGCUGUUGAGUAGAGGACCAUUCUCUUCAAGUCUGUAGGCCUCGUAAUGCCUCGGUCUCUAGUCGACGUGUGAAUCGGUCAAGCCUCGCUCAAGACCCAGGACAUUGGAAUUGGGAGCUCCGAAGAGCACAAGAGACGAUACAUUGUAGUUUAAAAUCACUGUGCCUAUGACUUCACCGUGUGGUGGGCUGGAGACAUGAACCAACCAUCAAGGACGGACUUUGUGUCUUUAACCCUCACUGGACAAGGAAGUGGCAUCUAUAAUAACAGUAAUCAGUGGAGAAGACAGUCCUGCUGGAGGAAAUGGAAACUGUUAUCCAGAUUGCAGCGCAACCUAAUCCUCUUCACCGUGGCUCUCAUGUUAGUUUGUGGGAUUGCUACUAACCCCAGUGUCACAGAACAUUUCCGAGGCUUGGCUGUUGUUGCGAAGGAGGAAGGUGACCAUGCUCUGAAACCUGUCAUCCAUGAGGUCCAACCUGAGUUGGACAAUCUGAACCGACAGUUAGUACCAGAGUCACCUUCAGAGAAGCAGAAGAGGGCAGCCCACAAGCGGGGGCCACCCGGCCUUCAGAACCGACUGCAAAAGAAAGGGAACUUGUCAAAUACCCAGGUGGAGAAAGAGGAGGGAGAGAAGCCACUUGUUAACUGGCGUGUGGCCAUGAUUGACCAAGCCACUGAAAGAAGAACUGCCAAGGAAGCAGCGAACAAGGUGGAUGUCCCAGAGGUUGAGCAAGAGGGCCAUUCACACAAGGAGCCAGAAGUCGAUAGGCUUGAGGCAGUACGUGAUGCUUUCAGACAUGCAUGGAAGGGCUACAAAGAGUUUGCCUGGGGGAAAGAUGAGCUGAGGCCCAUGUCUAAGUCCUAUGGAGAGUGGUUUGGCCUAGGCUUGACCCUAAUUGAUGCACUGGAUACAAUGUGGAUUCUCAACCUCAAAAAAGAGUUUGAGGAGGCUAAGACCUGGGUGUCCACAGAGCUGUCCUUUGAUAAAGACGUGGACGUGAACCUGUUUGAGAGCACCAUCCGUAUCCUGGGCGGCUUGCUAAGCACUUACCAUCUGACUGGAGACACUCUGUUCCUGGACAAGGCUAAAGAUAUAGGAACGAGGUUAAUGCCUGCCUUCAACACCCCAUCCAAGAUCCCCUACUCAGAUGUGAACAUUGGGAAGGGUACGGCCCACCCCCCUCGAUGGACGUCGGACAGCACUGUUGCGGAGGUCACCAGCAUCCAGCUGGAAUUUAGGGAGCUGAGUCGCCUCACUCAGGACACACGCUACCAGGCUGCAGUGGAUGAGGUCAUGCAGAAAGUCCACAAGCUGGAGGGGAAGCAGGAUGGCCUCGUCCCCAUGUUCAUCAACACCAACAGUGGCCAGUUCACCCAUUUGGGGAUGUUCACGCUGGGUGCACGGGCAGACAGCUACUACGAAUACCUCCUCAAACAGUGGAUCCAGGGAGGCAAGAAGGAGACGGCGUUGCUGGAGGAUUACCUGCAGGCCCUGGAGGGAGUGAAGAAGAACCUGCUGAAGAAGUCCUCUCCGAACAGGCUGACCUUCGUUGGGGAGCUUUCCCAUGGCAGGUUCAGCCCCAAAAUGGACCACCUGGUGUGUUUCCUCCCUGGGACCCUGGCUCUAGGGGCCCACCACGGCCUGCCAGCAGAACACAUGGAGCUGGCCAAGCAGCUGAUGGAGACCUGCUACCAGAUGUAUGCCCAGAUGGAGACUGGCCUGAGCCCUGAGAUUGUCCACUUUAACAUGCACGAGGGCAGCAUCGGAGAUGUAGAUGUGAAGCUUGCAGACAGACACAACCUCCUGCGCCCUGAGACGGUGGAGAGCUUGUUCUAUCUGUACAGGUUCACUAAAGACAGGAAGUACAGGGACUGGGGCUGGGAGAUCCUCCAGAACUUCAACAAGUAUACCAAGGUUUCUACUGGUGGCUACACGUCCAUCAACAACGUCCGGGACCCAGAGUACCCCAGCCCCCGGGACAAGAUGGAGAGUUUCUUCCUGGGGGAGACUCUCAAAUACUUCUACCUGCUGUUCUCCGAUGACCCGGAGCUGCUCAGUCUGGACAAGUAUGUGUUCAACACAGAGGCUCACCCCCUGCCCAUCUGGCCCACUGCACAGUGAGAGAUACACAGGGCAGGGUCAACAUGAAGCACAUAUACAGUAAUACAUCACAGCUCAGGGCUUGGCUAACACCAAUAUAUCUAGUUAUUCCUUAUUGCAUAUCUCAGUGACUCAAAUUUGGGUUGGUUUACCCUCUCCUAAAUCGAAAACUCUGGGGGAAUUUUUUUUUAAAGCCGAAAUUCAUUGUUUGUUUAAAAAGUGAUUGUUAUAGCCAUGAUGGGGAGGGGUUGCAGCAGUGCUGGGGUGAGAUUGAAGCGUCGUAGCUUUGAUAUACAGAGGGGCAAAAAAGUAUUUAGUCAGCCACCAAUUGUGCAAGUUCUCCCACUUAAAAAGAUGAGAGGCCUGUAAUUUUCAUCAUAGGUACACU